UAUACAAUUGUUAAGAUUAAACCAACCCAGAAAUGUCUACACAAACUUCCAACGGAGAAGAUGAGCAAAUCAAGAAGAUCAAUGAAAAAGUAGUGAAACAGAUUGAGUACUAUUUUGGGGAUAUGAACCUCAUGAGAGAUAAAUUUCUGAAAGAGAAGAUUCAAGAAGAUGAUGGAUGGGUAACCAUUGAAACAAUGUUGAAGUUCAACAGACUCAAACAGAUCACUGAUGACUCUAAAGUCAUUUGUGAGGCUUUGAAAAGUUCUAGCGAACUUGUGGAGGUCAGUGAAAAUGGAGACAAAAUACGCAGAAGAUCAGACAAGCCACUGCCAGGUGACACACAGGAGCGCCGAGAUGAGAUCAAUAACAGAUCAAUUUAUGCUAAAGGAUUUCCACUGGACGCUAAACUGGAUGAUUUAAUGAGCUUCUUUGAAACAUACGGACCAACUGAAAAUGUGUUUAUGAAGAAAGAGUUUCAUAAGAAGACAUUUAAAGGCUCAGUGUUUGUUGUGUUCAAAAAUAAGGAAGAUGCAGCCAAAUUUAUCUCAGAAGAGGAAACCAAAUAUCAAGACUCAGUGUUAGAGGUCAAAAAGUUCAAAGCUGAUUAUUUUAAAGACAAACAAGCCGCCAGAAAAUCAAAGGGAAAUAAGAAAGAGGAUAAAAGUAAACCACAAGAAGCUGAAAAGAACACAGAGGAAGAAGAAUCUGAGAAAGCCAGACAACAAAUGACCAGGAAUGCUGUUCUCUUCUUGAAAGGGAUGGAUCCAGAAACCAGUAGAGAAGAGAUCAAAACUUUUUUUGCGCCACAUGGUGAUGUGGGUUGGGUUGAUUUCGACAAAGGCAGCACAGAAGGUUAUUUACGGUUGAAAGAAGCCAACAGUGCAGAACCAACAUUGGAGAAGGCCAGGAAAGCAGGGGAUGGCAAGAUAGUUAUUCAUGACAAAGAAUUAGAAGUCAGGGUUGUUGAAGGUGAUGAGGAGCUAGAAUACUGGAAAAAAAUGUUUAGGGAAAUAGCUGAAAGACAUGACAAAAAAAAGAAAGGUGGCAGAGGUGGACCUGGUCGGGGUGGAAAGAACCAGAGAGGUGGAAAGAGAGGCAGGGGUGGAUACCAGGGAAAACGAAGACAAAACAGAAGGAGAGAUGAUGGUGAUGGAGACAGUGGGGCAGAAGAUAAUGAUGAUGAUGAUGAACCAAAGUGCAAGACAGUUAAAACAGAUUCUGAUUGAUGACCAGCCAUUGAUGACACAUAUGUUGUUAGAUUCUCUUGUUGGCCAUGGUGUGUGUGUGUGUGUGGUGUAUGUCAAUGUGUGUUUGAUUUGAUGACCAAAGUGUGUAAAUGAAACGAUUGAAGUGGAAUGGUUUCACUAUUUGAUCUGUUGAUGUACAUUAUUUUAUCUGAGUUUCACUUUUUAAAAGUGUUGGUUAUUGUAAUUCUGUCACUUACUUGAUGUCAGUGUAUACACAUUACUGUUUGCUUCAGUUCUGAUUACAUUAGAAUGUCAUUUUUAAUUUCAUUUUACCUACACAAUGUUUUACAAAAGUAAAGUUGGCUUCUCCAUUUUCAA